AUGCCGUUCCUUGGGGUGCUCACUGCGGCUCCAACUUACAUCCGAUUUCUCAUCAAGAUCGGGGCUCUCUCGGUCCCCAAGCUUUUGAAGUCUAUCCUUGCUGCUGAUGGCAUCCGAAAGCUAGCUGUGCGGGAGAUCUACAAGGCGCACCAAUGGCUGGAGGUUGAUACGGAUCAGAGACCUGACAUGACUUCGAAACUAAUGAGCGUUGUGCGGGGGAAAGGAACCGAGAACAACUUAGGCUUAAAGGAAGUCGUUAUAGAAAAUUUCACUGGAGUCAUGGCUGGGGCCGACAGCACCUCCAUGGAACUGUGUUCUAUAUUCUACUACCUGAUGAAGCAUCCGGAUAAGCUCGCUAAACUCAAGUUCGAAGUCGACGCCACCUAUGCUCAUGGCAGUGUCACGUCACCCGCACGAUACAACCAAGUUGUAACACCUGAGUAUUUUAUGGCCGUGGUCAAAGAUUCUUUCCGUCUCUUUCCCCCGUUAGUGACUCCGAUUCAACGACACUCACCUCCACAAGGUAUCGUAACCGCUGGUAGUUUCAUACCAGGAGGCUGGAGCGUUGGCCUCAUCCCGGGCGUUGUACAAUACAACAAAGACGUGUUCUGA